AUGAUCACACCGCAACGACAGGCCAUGGUCCACCGGAUCCAGACCACAAUGGCUGUGGGAUAUUCAGCCAUGGGGGCAUGGUGUGUCUUGGCCCCGGCAUCAGUCAUCACUCUCUCCCUCACCUCAACGUUUGCACGUGUGGACGCCACCACAAUGUUGCUCAUGCAAUGUUUUGGUGCCCAGGCCGUGACCACUGGCCUCCUCCUCGGUACUGCGACGAUGACGGCGGCCAGCUUCAAGGCGUUUGGGCUGGCAAUGUUGCCGUACCUGGGAUUCAACGUCUGGUUUGGCGUCGGGCCAGGCAAGGGCAUGUUCACACCAGUACUGGGGCUCGACUUUGUUGGCAACAUUGUGUUUGCACUCGGCAGCGCGUGGUGUGUACGGCUCCUUGAAGAGAGGGAAAAGGGGCAGUGA